AUGCCUUCAGAUAGUAUUUCUGGCCAUAUUGGUAACAAAAUUCGUCUCCGACUUGAUAAGUUUUGUAGCAAAGUCAUAAUUGAUUUAUUUGUGUGUUUUGUAGACAGAUGCCCAGAUUCGUGGGAUCCAUUCCAAAGGAGUUGUUAUAAAGUGUUUGCACAGACAGUAAAUUGGACUGAUGCGCUGACAAACUGUGAAUCGGAGGGAGCAAGUUUGUUGGCGAUAUCAUCAGAAGAAGAAAGAAACUUUGUUCGUGAUCUCCGCUACCAAAAAUACGGUAAUUGUGUGAAUACUUGGAUUGGUUUCAAUGACAGAGAGAAUAACGGUGUGUGGAAAUGGACGACUAACAGUGCGACACAGUACACAGAUUGGUUACCAGGUCAACCAAAUGGUGUAUCUGAACAUUGUGCUGUAAUCAUAUGUAGCGGGAUCGACCAGAAUUGGCAAAAUUAUCCUUGCAAUCACUACUUCAAUGUUUACGUUUGUGAAAUAGAACAACAUUCGUUUCUUGCAAGAAAAGUGUCUGGUAAAGCAGGACAGGCAGCUUGCUUAGUUCCCUACGCCUUAGCCAAUUUCACCCUGGAUAGUAAAGCGACAAGAAGUUUAGUUCACUGUUUUCAAUUCUGCAUCUCGAUUAACCAGUGCAAGGCGUUCCAAAUUCAGCAAAUGCCAAACAAGAUAAUGUGUAACGCGUUAAGUGACGAAGGGGCACCGACGCAGUAUGAACACCAGCCACUUGAUUGUAGUCUUUUUUUGAUCAAACAAUAAUUCAGUUUGCACUCACAAUUGUAUAAAUCAUAUAUAUGAAAAUGUAUUCAUAUGUAUACAUAUGAAAAGGACGAAAUGUUAAAAUAAUUAAAUAAUUAUUUAAAUUAAUUAAUUAUUAAUUGUUAAAAUAAUUGUUAAUUGUUAAUAAUUCUUAAUUUUAAUUUGCCAUUAGGACGUGUAAUUUUAUAUACACCAUGGAGGUAUCAUGUGUAAACACCAUAUAUUUUGUGAAACAAAUGCUUGUAGUUUUUGAUCAAACGAUAAUUCAGUUUGCACUCACUAUUAUGUAAAUCAUAUGCAUACAUAGGAAAGAUAUAUUCAUAUGAAAAAGACGAAAUGUUAAAAUAAUUGUUAAUUAAAAAGUAAUUAAUUAAUUGUUAAUUGUUAAUAAUUUUUAAUUGUUAAUUUGCCAUUAGGGCGUGUAAUUUUAUAUACACCAUGGAGGUAUGUGUAAACACCAUAUUCUAUGAAUCAAAUGCUUGUAGGAGGAAGAAGCAGGUACCAGAAGAGUCCAAAUUUGCCAAUAUUAUGUUCAAUCUCAAGUAAAUCAAAUAAGUUUAUGUGGACUUGUGGGGUAAAAUAGAGGGAGUACCAGAUGUAACAACAUUCAGCUAUGGUGAGGCUGAAGUAAAAAAAAAAGUGACAACUCUAAAUGCCCAGAAAUGGAACUUUCAGAUGGGAAAAAAAACGGUUUUAUAAAUAGUGUUAAUUAUUAGUAUUAAUGAAAUAUAUUUUAGUGAAAAUAUAGACGUGAGGGCCGAUUAGGAGCGUCUACAUUCUUCUCAACAUGAUUGGGGCCGAGCUGAGUUGAAAUGGUAGGGAUGCGGCAACAUCCGAAAAUUGCACUCUUAGACUUAAAUUAUUUCUUAAGUGUCUUAAUUUCACUUUUUAAACUCGUUCAAUUGUACUUAGAUCAAAUAAGAUUUUGUAAAAUUCUACAUCAGUUUCAUUUUUAAGUUUCAGUUUCAGUUUAUUUUUCAAAAACUCCAUAUUUUCAUGUACUGAACAAUUAAAAGGAUUGCCAACAAAAGAGCAGAGCUCGUACACCAUUGGCCACCUAAACAAAAUUAUUAACAAUUACACGGACGAACAUGAUGUGAUACAUGACAACAGUGACAAAAACAUGUUGGCAGGAUAUGAACUAUAUAAAUGUAUGCAUGAAUGUAAAUAUAUAAAGGAUCCUUAUUGAUAUGUUAACAACAAAUAAUUUUUAUACAUCAUUUUGAACAUUUUGACAGAUACUGAAUUACGAAUAGAAGCAUCAAUAUUAUUCCAUAAAAUCGGACCAUGCCUUCGGAUAGUAUUUCUGGCCAUAUCGGUAACAAAACAAUAUGUGGACGGUACAUAUCAGAGGACCUGGUACCAUAAUCAUGAACUGAAUUUAGUCUAACAAAAUAAUUUGAAAAAUUAACUGGUAAUAAAUUGUUUUUAAAUUUUAUACAUAAAAAUACCGUUAGAUAAUUUAUGAAUGUCAUACACAGUUAAAUUAUUAAGACUGGCAAAUAAUAGUGGUGAAUGUUCAUGGAAUUGUGAAUUUGUAUAUAGACGCACUAUGCGCUUUUGCUUGCGAUAAACAGUUUCAAGACAACAAUUAUUAUGAUCAGCCCAAAUGAAAUUACAAUAUUAGAUAUGAGAAAGAACUAAGGUCUUAUAUAAAGAUGAUAAAACAUUAACAUGUAAGAUUGGCUUUAGUCUGAAGAGAAUACCAGAAUAUUUUGAAACUAAAUUUUCAAUAUAAGUUGUAUGUUGAUUUCAAGUUAAACAUUCAUCCAUUAUUAAACCAAGAUAUUUGCAGCUAGUAACACGCAAUAUAUUAUUACCAUCAAUAGAAAUAUUAAGGUCCUUGUAAGUACGGUUACUAUAUCUAUUUCUGAAAAUCAUAUAGUUGGUUUUAUUAACAUUAAGUGAUAGCUUAUUUGCCUUAAACCAGCAUGAAAUAAUCGAAAGAUCGUAAUUAACAUAAGUGACGCAAGCUCAGAAGAGGGCUGUAAACUCGCACCGCACUGUAUUGUUGAGUUUAAAUGUCGUCGGCGAAUAAAAUUAUAUUUGAGUGUUUACAUAUGUAGGCCAAGUCAUUUAUGUAAAUAAUAAAGAGUAAAGGGCCUAAAAUUGAGCCUUGGGGGACACCACACCAAGUAUUUGACAAAAGGAUGACUUAUGGUAGUUUAAAAAAAACAUAUUGCAUUCUAUCUGUAAGAUAACUGCUGAACCACUCAAAAGCGAUACCACGAAUACCACAAUGAUACAGUUUACAGAGUAGAAUCUUGUGAUUUAUGGUAUCAAAUGCCUUUGAGAGGUCCAAGAAAAUUCCAAAAACAUGUUUCCUCUUAUCAAGUUCGGAAAUAAUGUUAUAUGCCUGUAAAACAGCCAUUUCAGUAGACAUAUUUAGGCGAAAGCCAAAUUGGUUUUUAUGCAAUAGAUUAUGUCGAGAAAGAUAGUUAUAGUGUCUUUUAUGAAUAAUGCUUUCUAAAAUUUUAGAGAAAACGGGAAGGACCGAAAUGGGCCUAUAAUUACCAAAGGUAUCAGUCUCCCCACAUUUGUAAACAGGAGUUAUCUUGGCAGUGGAGGUGCUAUUAGUUCACCAACUGAUUUAACAAAAUCAGGCAUGAUAUCAUCAAAGUGGCUACUAACACCAGAUUUCAAAUUUCUAACUAUUUAGAGUAUUUCAUCUGUAUCAGUUGGUGAAAAAAGAAAGAUUUAAGUGGAGAUUUAAUUUCAUUCAUGAAACUUUUGAAAGUAACAUCAGGCUGAGGAAAUUUACGCAAGUAUUCAGGACCAAUGUUAACAAAAAAUAUUUAUUAAAAUUAUCAUCAAUAACUUGAGGAUCAGAAAUGUGUAUAUCGUUUAUUUUAUAAAAAGAUGAGAUUGGUUUAGUCUUAUUUAGUCGAUCCAUAAUGCUGUUAAGAAUAUUCCAAGUUUGUUUUGAAUUAAACUUUGUUUCCUCUAGCUUUCUGGCAUAGGUAUUGUCGUUUAGAAUUUCUGAUUAAAGAAGUAAGCUGAUUACGAUAA